CAUAGAGUCCCAAAUUUGGUAGUUAAUGUGCAGGCCAUUACUUAUCAAAAGGUUGAAGUGGUUAAAAAUUUGGACGUUUUUUGCAUACGCUAAAUUGAUAAUUACUUUAUACUGUGUAUCACGUGAGGUGAAAGUUUAUUCAAGCAAAGAUUUUGCAUAGUCUACAUUCUUACAGUAUUUUCUUUUAAAGCAGAGAUUUUGAAGCUUUGACGAAAAACAUUUGUGGACCCCCUGAAGCCGGCCCAUCGCUGGAUCAAGUCAAAACACCUUGAGUUCAAAAACUUGGUGUAUGUCAGAAGCAAUGGGCAGACUGACCAAUGAGAAGCAGACUUUCUGCAGUUGUUGCCUCAGACCCUUUGAGAGGCCCAAAAGGCUUCCAUGUGGCCAUUGUGUAUGUGGCAACAGCAGCAACCAAAACUGUGCUGCACAAAUUUUGUCGUCAGAAAACCGAGAGUGUCCGGUGCCCAGUUGCCAUGAAAAAUUGCCCGAUUCCAUCUCCAAUGAUGUCAACUGCCUCCCGGACGCACACGUUGAUGAGCUGGGAUAUCCUCUGACUGCUUUGGAAGAGCAAGAGAUAUUGGAACGAGCAAGCUCUUCACUUAAUACCAGCGAACCAGCAGCAAUGAGCAGUCAGGUAUCCGAACCCCGAGACACUUGUAUUGUUGAAGACAUAAAUGGAAACAUGUUCAAGAAAAUUCUGAUCAUUGGCAAAACAGGGACGGGGAAGAGCAGCCUGUGCAAUGUGAUUGCAGGCAAGGGCCACGAUGCCACACUAUUCCCCGUCUCUGCUGGAACGCAGGGUUGUACCGGAAGUACGACGUUUGGAAACGUGCACUAUAACGGAAGCAGAGAACACCUUGUCUCUUUAAUUGACACCAUUGGAUUUGACGAUCCUGAUAGGGAUACAGACGCGACCAUAAUCUCGGACCUAGUGAUGAAGUUAAGAAACAAGUGUGAUCAUGUCAAUUUAUUCAUAUUAGCCGUCAACGGAAGCGAAAGAAGAUUAGACGGUUCUUUAAUUGGAAUGAUAAAAAUCUUCGAAGCCAUGUUUGGACAAAAUUUUUGGAAGCAGGCAAUUAUAGUUUUUACGUGUCUCAGAAUGGAUUCGGCAAGUGUUCAACAUCGAUUGAGAAUAACCAAGCAGAGCGAUGCCCAAUUGGCAGUCAAAUAUAUUUCGUCUGUGCAGGAGAAGUUUUCCAAUGGAAGAGGAUUGAAGUAUAUCAUACUGGAUGCAUGCCGAGAUGUAGGAAACAGGGAAGAAGAGGAAAUUUUUCAAAAAGGGAUGCGAGACUUGUGGCAGCUGGUUGAAAGAGCCUCUCCUCUCCCGACAGUGGAUGUCAAGAAAGUUGAAACAGAGUCUAGGAAGCUGAAAAGACAGAUGGAAGAGAGAGAAAAGCAACUCGCAGAAGUGGAACGGCAAAGACAACUUGAAAUUGAACGCAGGGAAACGGAGAUGAGAGAAAUGCAAUUGCAGUUCUCCCAACAGAUGGACGCACUAAAGCAGAAAACUGAAGAGGAUCGUCGCACUAUGGAAAGAAAGCAUGCCGAAGACUUGAACAAAAUAGCCCAGGAAAGGCGAAAAGAUCGAGAACUGUUAGAAGCGAAGCUGCGAAAAAUGGAACAAGAAAUGGAAAGUCAGUUGCUGAAAAAACAAACUGAAAAUGAAAAACUGCAGAAGCAAUUUGAUGAACAGAGUGAGAAAAAAGAUAGAGAGCUUGAAGAAAAAUUGAAGAAAAUUCAAAAGCAGCAAGAAGAUCUUGAGAAAAAGUUAUCAAAUGAGCAAGACAAUUCGAAGCUUAAUGAUCAAAUCAGGAAGCUAAAGAUACAGCAGGAAAAAAUGGAGGAGAAACACAGAAAGGAAAAAGCGGAGCAGGAGGCUAAAUUGAAUGAAAAACAAGAGCAGAUUAAAAAACAGGAGCAGGAACUCACUAAAAAGUUUGAACGGCAAAAACAGGAGGAAAAGACAAAGAUGGAAGCAAAAGCAGCUGAGAUGGAGGAAAAAUUGCGACAGCAGCAGGCAACGGCAGCUGUAAAGGCACUGGAAGAGCAGAAAAAGAAAGCAGAAAUGGAAACACAAGCUCAGUGGAAGAAGACUGCAGAUACAAUGUUGAAAGGAACAAGUGGGAAGAACACAGAGGAUACAGCAGACGAGAUCAGAGAUGCCUUUAUGAUAGCAUACCCUGAGAGAAUUUGGUUCAUCACAGUUCAAUCUAAAAACAGUGAUUUUAGUGUCAAGUGUAAAGAUGGAGUUGGUGAGACGGCAGAGUGGAUGAACAAGACAGAGUAUCCCUAUAAUAUGCACAUCUACUCUGUCCCUUUUUCAGACUACAACCGCAUCAGUGCAACUGAAGAGGAGAAGGAGAAGGGAGAGAGUGUGGCGAAGAGUGUGUUGUCUGAUAUGGAGAGUAGAGUGGGUGUGACGUCACAGAAGAUAAGAGAUGAGGUCAUUUCUCGUCUGGAUAGAAGUGGACACAAGUGGAUGUAUGUUGGAGUGGGGAGUGGAGCUGGAGAGUGGGCUCGUUAUAAUUUCACGAGUCGCGAUGUUUACACAAGUGGCUCUAAAUACUCUAUUAUAAUCUUCUUAGGAGACUGAACAGAGCCAAGCGACUAAAAACUUCUAACCUAGUUCAAUCAUCUAUCAAUCUUCUCUCAAUAUCGUUACACCAAUGCUACAGUAUCUCUUA